AUGGGGGACGUCACCUCCCGCCGGCCACCAUCCAGCUAUGCGCCGACCAUCGCUGCCUCGUGUUCGUGGUCAGCAAGGCUGGUCUCCUGCCGAACAGCCUCCGGCGCUUCAUGGCUCAUCCCGCCGUCACCUUCACCGGUAAUCACGUGGUGUCCGACCAGCGCGUCCUUCACGAGACCUGCCACCUCCCGUGUCACGCGCGCCUUUGAAAUCAAGGCAGUGACGUGCCUGCACAAGGUGUUCAUCAAGAGGACCGCCAAGGCUGUGCUGGCCUAUGGCGCCAUCCCUAGGCAGAGGUACUCAGAGGAGGCGUGGAUGCAACACCGGUUCCUGCGGGAGCAGGUCAAGUCCGCGGCGCUCCAGGCAUACAUGUCGUCCCGCGUCGGCAUCCACCUCCUCGACAUCGAGGCUGUCAUGCAUGAGGGCGACCCUUCAUCUGCCCCGCCUCUCCGCGUCACGUCUCGUCGUCUCGGUCUCCUCCUGAACAGCCUCCAGCGCUUCAUGGCUCAUACCACCGUCACCUUCAUCGGUAAUCACGUGGUGUCCGACCAGUGCCUCCUUCGCGAGACCUACCGCCUUCGUGUCACGCGCGUCUUCGACAUCAAGGCGGCGACGGGCCUGCGCAAGGCAUCCAUCGAGAGGACCCCCGAGGCUGUGCUGGGCUAUGGCGCCAUCCCCAGGCAGAGGUACUCAAAGGAGGCGUGGAUGCAGCUGCGGUUCCCGCGGGAGCAGGUCAAGUCCGCGGUGCUCUAG